AGAAGGCUGAACCCUUGAGGUUACUCCUUCGAAAGACUGAAAAAUUUUACUGGGAUGCUUCGCAGGAACUCGCAAUGCAAGAACUUAAAGAUGAAUUUAAGGAAGGAGRGCGCGUGUUGGGUGUGCCAUUCUUUGACGACGAGACCGAGAGACCCUUCAUAGUAUCCACGGAUGCUGGGCCAUGUUCAGUGGGAGGUUUACUGUCUCAGAAGGACGCAGGAGGGAAGGAAAGACCGUUAAGAUUCGAGAGUAGGACACUUAAUAUGGCUGAGCGUAACUACAGUCAAUUUAAGAAGGAGGUGUUAGCUGUUCUACGGUGUCUGGAUACGUUCAGGCACUAUAUCUAUGGGCGACGAUUCAUCUUAAGAGUAGAUCCUACCACAGUUGCCUCAGUCCUCCAGAAGGACUUUAGUCUGACAGACCCGACCAUCGCCCGAUGGCUGAUACGGAUUUGGUUAUACGAUUACACAGUGGAAAGGAUAUCUGGCACUAAAAAUGUCGUGGCAGAUGGACUUUCGCGGAUCCCUCUUGAGACUGAGCGCCCGAUAGUAGCUGGGGCCCUUACGUUGGCGGAACCCAGACGCGCCGAGAGAUUUCUGGUUAACCUAUACGAGGGCAAGUACCGAGCGAUCGGGCUACACCUGAUGGGUGAGGAGAGUCCAGAUUCAGAUAUUCGGAAGCAAGCCGUCAAGUAUUGCCUUAGAGCGGGCCACCUUUUCCGAAGACCGGUAGGAUCAGGGAUGCCCUUACGAGUGGUCUGUGAAUCUGAGGAGAGACAGAUGAUAGUUGCGGAGCUUCACGACGGGGUAGUCGGAGGACAUAGGGGAAUCAAAGGGACCUACGAAAAGGUACGCAGGCUGUACUGGUGGGAAGGGCAGUAUAAGGACGUCGAGAGGUACUGUAUGACCUGCGAAGAAUGCCAGAAGAGAGCUCUUGUGAAAUACAAAGAGCCGCUUCAUCCAUCCUAUCCAACCCGACCAGGAGAGAAGGUACACAUCGAUCUAGUGAAAAUGCCGAGAGGGGUAGGCAAUAUGAACUACGUCGUGAACAUACGAGACGAUUUCACUGGGUUCGUGGACGGUAGACCUAUCCGGAGUAAGGCAGCAAAGGAGGUAAAGAACUUCGUCCUAGAAUACUUAUCAAGGUAUGGUUGUAUCGACAAGAUAGUGAUGAACAAAGGAUCGGAAUUCCUGGUUGACGAAGUUCAGGAAGUGUUCAAGAGAGCUGRGGCGAGAGUUUCGAUAGCCACCGCCUAUCACCCACAGACGAACUCCCCAGUAGAGAGAGGACACCAGACUCUGAUAGCGUCGCUGUCCAAGUGGUGCAAGGGUAAGGACAGUGAUUGGCCACGAUAUUUUCGUAUGCAAUAUGGGCGGACAACGUCACGGUCCGGGCUAGUACCGGAUAUCCACCCUAUACUUUGUGGUUUGGGCGACAUUGCCCGCUUCCCAUAGAGUUUCACAUCGACAGCUGGACAACCGUCGACUGGGCGGAGGAGAUGUCCAGGGAGGAACUUAUAGCCGCUCGAACAAGAC